AUUCGCCACUCCCAACACCAUAUAAAGAUGGGAUGUACGAGUAACUGUGAAUUUAUUAUGUGAGGUGAAACAUUUAGACAAGUUUACAAGAGCGUCAAUGGCUGGAUCUGAAAGUAUUCAGUGCCCACAUGGGCAAACACGCCUCAUCAAACACUUUGAGACACGUGAUCUCUGGGAUAGAGGUAAACCAUCGCCCGCAUUGAUCGACCUCAUCGAAGAGAGGCGCGAUCUCUUCAGCCCCUUUACAAUAGACGGGAAGAGAAAGAAAGCCCUAGUACCGGGCUGUGGGAAAGGCUACGAUGUCGUAAUACUCGCCCUGCACGGUUACGACGUGUAUGGCCUUGAAGUCUCUGCGACGGGGGUAUCCGUUGCACAAGAGUAUGCGAAGAAUGAACUUGCAAACCCUCAGUCGUAUAACUUUGGGUCUUCAUGGGAAGAGUGGCAGGAGACCGGUGAAGUAACCAUUAUCCAUGCAGACUUUUUCAAGUCGGGCUGGGAAGGUAUGAUCAAAUUUGAUGUUAUCUAUGACUAUACGUUCCUGUGUGCCCUCCACCCAAGCAUGCGAAGGCAGUGGGCUUCGCGGAUGGUCGAUCUUUUAUCUCCAACCGGUCAAGUUGUGUGCCUCGAGUUCCCCCUUUGGAAGGAUCCAAGUCUACCAGGGCCACCAUGGGGAUUGACUGGUGUGCAUUGGAACUUGAUGGUGGACGGAGGUGACGGUAUUGUUGGUGAAGCUGGAGCCGCUCAGGGGAUUAAAAAGGGGGCGUUUUCGCGGGCGCUAUAUAUAAAGCCGACGCGGUCAUAUGAGAAUGGAAGGGGGACGGAUAUGUUAAGUGUGUAUAUUAAAAAGUCGUAAUUCGGUAUAGAGAGCCGUUUAUCUGA